UCCUCCUCCUCCGGCGCCCGCUUUUCUGUACGCCACUGGGUCGUGUUAAUUGGGCGGUUGUUUCUUCCUCCCUUAUGGACGGGAUGUUCGUUUCUUGUGAUGGCUGCGCGUGCCCUGACUUCCAAGGCUUCACGCUCCUUAUGCCAGCUGUAUCAGUGGGGAAUGUUGGCCAGUUGGCUGUAGAUUUAGUCAUUUCUACGCUGGGCAUGUCCAAAGUUGGUUACUUUUAUACUGAUUGUCUUGUGCCAAUGAUUGGAAAUAAUCCAUAUGCAACAACAGAAGAGAAUGCAACAGAACUAUGUAUAAAUGCUGAAGUGUAUGCCGUGCCUUCUAAAGAGCUGGUGGUUCUACAGAUCAGAUCACCAUUCAUAAAGAAUAAAUACAGACCCUUCUGUAAAACGCUACUAUCUUGGGUGAAAAGUUGUGGAUUUUCCAAAAUUGUUCUUUUGUCCAGCAGUCAUGCUUACCAACGUAAUGAUCAACAGCUUCAUGGUACCUCACUGCGAUACUUGCUUUCACCUGCUGUUGAGAAAACAAUUGGAAAUGUAAUAGAGAGGCUGAGUGGCAGAGAACUGGAGCAAAUAGCAGCUUUUCCUGGAGUAAAUGGUGAUGAGAAAGUGUUCCACAUUCCAGGAGGUGGUAUCACAAAACUAUUGUUCACUGAGAGUUGUUCAAAAGAAAUUCCAAUGGUAGUUUUGCUUAAGUUCUGCUCAGAGGGGGACAAUAUCCCUGAUGCCCACGCCCUUGCUGACUACCUUAAUGAAUGGCUCCAACUUACUGCAAACCAACAGAGCAGCAGUUCUUCAGUUAAAUGUUCCAGAUGGAAAAUACCAAGUUCUUGGAAACUACUCUUUGGCAGUGGACUCCCGCCUGCACUGUUUUAAAACCCAUGUUGUUGUUUUUUAUAGCCCUCUUGUAUAAAACCUGUUUUCUAAUUUGGAUUCUGAAAUGAGAAACAGCUGGGCAUAAUCUUGUAUGAAAUUAAAUGACCAUGAUUUAUUGUACCCAAUAUUUUAAUAUAUUGUGGCAAGCUAAAAACAAUUAUAUCAUAAAGGUGUAAAAACUGAAAAUGUGUUAAAUAAAUCAAUUUGCAAAUUUCUGAUUUAACUACUGAAACAUUCUAGGCUUUUUCUCAGUAUUACUUAGGUAUUUAAAUAAUUCUGGCCUUUCCAAUGCAAUUAAGAAAAAUCCAAAUAGUCAUUAGAUACACUGAGUUUGGAAAGUAUGCCUCUUCCUAGGCAUUUUCAUAUGAGGCAAGUAACAGAUGUUAAGACUUGACGUGUGUAAAGGGGUAAUGGGUUUUUUGGAAAGGGGUGGGAACAUUGUAAAUUCUUGCACAAAGUAAUGGAGCUGAUUAAGGAGAUCAGACUAUCAUAUUUGACCAAACUCAGUCUUGUUGAGUUGGGGCUUGAAAUAUUAGUCACAUAUAUACAAAGAUCUGUUAUAGACACAAAGCUGUAUAGUGCAUGAGCAGAAAAAUGCACAGGCAUCUACAGUGACAAAAUUUCUCUAUGGUUAUACUGUCCAAAAUUUACAAACUGAAAGCUGGCUGCACUUCUUUAGACACCUCAGUUAUUCAAAGGAAAUUUUUUUUUCUUAAGUCUGAGUUAUACAGAUAUUAACUGAGGCUGUACUCAUACCAUAUAAUUCUCUCUAUGACAGAUGUUCAGAGCUUAGCACCAUCCAUGCACAGCAGAGGAAGCCUGAAAAUGUGCAGAAGUACAGAAAGAACCCACACACACUAAAGAAAAAAGCCAAUCCACCCACCCAAAUAUAGUCCUGUGAGGACUGAGUUUGCUUAGUAAUUCAGGAAUGCCAACCUAUUGAAGUAAGAAAACCAGGUGGUAGGAGAAUAGAGUAGCAUGGAGUUGAUCAUGACUGGCUGACCAGUGAACAGAUCUACUACACACUGCCACAUCUUGUUGCAUGUCUUAACUUGUUCAUGUGUGGCGUGUACAAGUUUAUUUUGAUGGUGUAUUGACUGUCCUAGCCACCCAUUCCUCCCAGGGCAUUUUUAGGCAGUAGGAGCUGCAGUCUAUUUUUACAUCUGGCAUUAUUUCGAAGUAUAAAUCUUUGUGCCUCUUAUUUAAGCAGCCUGAUUUGAAUAUGUGAUUGUAAUAGUGAUAAAAACAAUAGUACUCAUGCUGCUUGCCUAAUUGCUAAUACAGGUUUGAUCUAUCAGGGUAUAACCUAGUCAGAAUUGCAUUGCUUGGCCAGCUUUGCUCUCACUAGGUUUUCUCUUUAUAUUAUAAUAAACCUACUGGAGAUCGUCCUACUGGAGUCCACCAGGGGAAGAGCCUUCAGUGUUGGUAGCCCCUCUCCUAUGGAAUUCCCUGCUUCUGGAGGUCAGGCAGGCGCCAACUUUGUAUUCCUUUUGGUGCCUCCUGAAAACGUCAUUGAUCCAGGAAGCCUUUCCUUAAUGACCAGCCACGAUUCACUUUCCAUUUUGCUUUUAAAAAUCUAUUUUAAGGUUUUAUUCUGUUUUUAAUUUAUCUUGUACACUGCUCUGAAAUUUUGAAUGGGGAGCAGUAUAUAUUGUAAAUAAAUAAUCCACAGUUUA